ACAGAAGAAGCAGGUCACACGUGACGCUGUAACGGGAGAACCCUGUUUGUAAACUUGGACUUACUUCCAGCUGUAGAUUGGAGCUAAGUGUCCCAGGAACACAGAGAUGAGGACACAGUCUGUGCUCUUGCUGUUGUUGGUGUGUGUGUUGUGGCAGGACGGCAGCGCCUCGCUCAUAACCGCUGGAUGCCAGGACGCCGCUGUGGUGAAGGCCGCCGAGGACACACUAGAGCAGAUCAACGCUGACAGACAGGAGGGCUACGUGCUCUCCCUCAACAGACUUCAUGACGUCACACAGGACAUAAAGGCAGAAGGCGUGAACCAUUUCCACCUGACGAUGGAUGUCCUGGAAACAGAGUGUCAUGUGAUCAGCAGGAGAAGCUGGAAAUCCUGUGCUGUGAAGGGGGUUGGCAGUCUACCGGUGUUCGGGGCGUGUGACGCAUCGGUUUCCCUUCAGAGCUCCAUCAAAGUUGAGAAUUACAACUGCACCAUUCAACAAGUGGCAGCUCGAGCUAUAGUAAAUACUUGCCCCGACUGUCCAACUGCAGAACGCUUGGAUGAUCCCGUUAUAUCUGAGACCACAAGGCUGGCCCUGCAGAAAUUUAACAAGGACAGCGCUUCUCCACAUGUCUUUGCUCUUCUGAAUAUAACAGCAGCCAGCAUGCAGUGGGUUGUGGGUCCGUCUUAUUUUGUGGACUUCACCAUUCAAGAGACUGACUGCAAGAAAAGCACGGCUGAUAUCGAGCUGGCGCAAUGCAAGCUGAAGGACUCAGAGUCAGCACACAAGGGCUUUUGCACUGGUUCACACAUCAAUGCUGAUGACGGGCUCGAGAUCAAGGUUCCUGUUGAGGUCAAAUGUGACAUUUUUCAACCAAUGGCUGCUCGACCAGGGUCUUUCGGAUCAGUUCAUGUGGUCUCUCCUCCCCCCGAGCAAGUGUCCCCCAGAUCCCAGCCCACGGCCAGCAGCUGUCCCGGGGAGAGACGACACCGGCUCGGACUGACGGAGCUGGACCUCUGAUGGAAAUCACUUAUACAGUCCAAACAAGCACUGGAGAUCUCCACUUCUCCCAAGAUGUGCUUUACUUUUCAUAUUUACAGUUUUACACUAUAUACUGUAGUUUUUUGCCUAUGCAAUUUGUGUUAGUCUAAUGACAAAAAAUAUCUUGAUUCAACACGAUUAUUUGAAGUAGUCUAACUUGAAUGAAUUAUUUCGGUUUGGCAAGUAAUAAUUAAUUAAUAAAAAGAGGACAAUUAUGACAGUUAACCGAAUCCUGAGCAUGUGGGGCUGAUGUACACAUUAAAAAUAAGUAAAUUCAAAGGACUUUUCUUUCAGUGUUGUUUUGCCCUAUCAUCUAAUAAAUUAAACCGAAAAUGUGGCAAAAAAAAAAAAAAAUGUAGGAAGUGAAAUCUUUGAAAUCGAUAAAUCAAACCGCUCUCGUUUCCUGAUAAUGAUAAUAAACAUCUGAAACCUGCUGUG